AUGUGGAACACGCUGAAAGUAGUCGGAAUCCUAACAAUAAUUUUGACAUGGAGAUUGAGCGAUUCUGUCGUCUAUAAACUAACUAAUGUGAAAUGCGAAAGCCUAAACAUGUCAUGGGUUACGAUUAAUGAAUGUCGGUUAAAGGCGCUCAGUAGAAAUAAAACCGUUUUUAAUUUCAACGCUACUUUUCAUCACCCGACUAACGACAUUUUAAUGGACUAUCGGUUUUUAAAGAGGGCAAGUGGUUAUAAACCGUGGUUAUACAGAAGAAAGAUCGAUGGCUGCCGGUUCUUAAGAAAGCCCUAUGAUGCCUUGACCAUAAUGAUAUAUAUUGCAUAUAAGGACGUUUCAAACAUCAAUCACACUUGCCCACUUUUCGGCGAUAUUUUGAUAAGGGGAAUGUAUCUCACGACAUCAUUUAAAUCCAUUCCAUAUCCCACCGGCGAUUAUAUGCUGCAGAUAAAUUGGAUGUUCUAUCGCAAAAUUCAGUUUGUAACCAACGUUAGUUAUCAAUUCGUUGAAAACUUAUUGUAA